AUGAUAUCGGCUAUACGCCGAAAAUUUGGGGGAGAUAAAGAUGGUCUUCCGGGCGUUCAAAUGCCCGCAGGAGUCCAACGGGUCGACCUCGAAUUGCAGAAGAAAUACGCUAGAGGAGUUCAGUACAAUUGUAAGCUUCAAUAUAAUAUCACUCUUUUCAUUCAAACUAAAAAAUUUAAUUUAACUCUUCAAAAUCGAUGAAAGUGAUGAAUUUCAGUGAAAAUAGUGAUUCGUGGUGACCGUAACGUGGGAAAAACUUGUUUAUUUCGACGUCUCCAGGGACUUCCCUUCCAGGAAGAAUACACCUCGACAGAAGAAAUUCAGGUUUUCAUUCACUUUCUUUCGGGAAAACUGUGAUCGAAAGUCUCGGGUGAAAUUUCUGUUUCUGCAAAAAAAAAGUAUUGAAAACGGUUUUAUUUCGUGAUUUUUCGAUACACGCAACAGCAGUAAAAAUUUUUAUUGGAAUUUUUUUUUGAAGCUUCUCUUCUCAGCAUUUGUAAACUGUAAUUGACGGAUUUGUGUUUAGCUAUAAAAUGUUAAGUUUUCAAGGACACAUUUAAAAAAAUGAGAAAAGGUUGCAUAAUGCAUUGGCAAAUAUUUCAAAAAGGCCCUGAGAAAAAAGCGUUUUUAUUUCGUUUUGAUUGAGAUCAUUUCAAUGUUAAGCGAGCUGUUGUUGAGGAACUGUACAAAAAAUGAAAAGAUUCAUGAAAAGUUAAGCUUUUUCUAAAUGAAAAAAUGUUUCUUCCAGGUUGCCAACAUCCACUGGAACUACAGAGCCACUGAUGAUGUUGUCAAAGUCGACGUUUGGGACAUUGUGGACCUUUCAACGAAGAAAAAGAGUGCGCGAUGACAAAUUGAAACUGGCCAACACCAGCGGCGAUCAAAAAAACGCAACUGACGUGAGUAACAUACAACUUUUCUAUCAUAAGAAAUGUAUAGCCUUUCAACAAAUCCUCUUUGAUGUUGUUUGCGUAAAUUCAAACAAAAAAUUUUAAUUCUACUUUAGAAAUUUCUAUUUUAACCCUUUUUAAAAAUGUCAGAAUUCAGAAGUUUGAAGAAACGGCGUGUGAUGCGCGAUUCGUCGACGUUUACAAAGGAACCCACGGCGUUAUUUUUUUGUUUUUUUGACAUAACAAAGGCCUGGACGUGGGAAUAUGUUCAGAAAAGAGAUUGUUCUUGUUCCAAGCCAUAUACCGGUAAUUGUGAAUUAUAGGAAUAAUCUAAAAAAAAAAUUUUUCUAGGUACUGAUUCUUGCUAAUCGUCGAGAUAUGGGUCACCACAGGCAAAUCACAGAUCUGCAAUGUUCAACUUUUGUCGAUCUGUUCAAUAGGUAAGGGAAAUCAGAUAUACAGACUACAAAAUUUUCUUUUCUUUUUUUAUGAAUUCAUCAAUACUUCAAAGAUUUUUCGAAAUGGACGUUUUAACUCUCUUAUGUUCAUGAUAGAAAAACAGGGAACAAACCGUUUAUCUUAUUGAAUUUUUCUAGGAAUUCAAGUUUUUCUCACUUUAAAAAAACUUGUGUAAGUUGAAAAAAACUUGGUUAACGACAAAAGCACAAAAAAAUCUAAUAAAAAAAUUGAAAUAAAUGACAUGAAAUCAUAUUUUUAGUUGCUGACUUCAGACGUUUUUUUGAACGAAGAUUUUCACAAUAUCAAGGGGUUUGAAAAAAAGGUUACUUGUUCAUUCAACUCUUUUUCCGGGAGGUAGUUUUAAUCAAAGUAUAGAUCCAUCAAAACUGCCGUCAUUAUUUGAAUCAUUUUUCAAGGCUUUUGUCAGAGCUUCGAAGAAAAAAGGUCGAUAUGUUCAAAAGGAAACCAGGCUUCCAUAUGCUUCCUCAAAGAUUUUACUCAACCUCGCAAAGCAGAAAUUGCAUGAUGCGUAAUGUAUUUAUUUGAAUUUUUAUUAACAUUUAGCUUUCAUUUUUAUUUUAUUUGUUUUUUUUAUUGCAUUUAUCAUUUGUUAUUUAUACUUUGCUUCUUUGUCUGGCGAUAGCGUAGCCACGUCGACACAAUGAUACAGCCGUCGUUGACGCAGUUGCAAGGAGCCCUAUCAUUCUUUUUUGAAAGCACUUUACUGAAUGCACCUUGUCCUCGAUAAUAACAGUUUACUGUUCUGGCAAAAGUUUUAUCAUUGGCUCAGAGACUCUUGACGGCCUUGAUUGCCUUUUAUGUAUUCAUUGCGAGUUUAGCUGCUAUUUUUCCUUUACCUUCUUGUACAUUAUAUUUUGCCUUUUGCCUGUAAAUUUUUUUAAAUUUUUAAAAAGUCUUUUUUUCGCGCAGAGUUUGUCGUUUCUUUUUGAAAGAGUUCUGCACUCGUCCAAGAUGUCGACUUUUAUGCGUCGUUAUUGGUCAACACGACUUCCCUCGGAGGAAAUGCAAGCAGUGAAUUUAAGUUUUUCUAAGAAACUUUUUUUUCACAGGCUUUUUUUUUAGGAUCUUUGGAAGAACACUCUUUCAAUACAACCUGACCAGCCGCAGCAUGUUAUAAUAAUAAGACUCUUUUUUGUAUUGGGUCUUUUCAUCAUCUGUAUCUUAUCAAAUGUAUCAAGUAAGAAAUACAUUCUUUAAUAUAAUUAUCCACCGAAAAAAACGCUUGUUAUGACUUCAGUUGUGUCAAAGUUUGCUGCAUUCGAAAAGCUAGGAGGAUUUUCUGCUGAAAAAGUUAAAACUUCAGUAAUUCGUAGGGUUGGAUAAAAUUGAAGGCAGAUUAUUUGCUAACUUUAUGAGUUGCUUAAAAGAGAGAUAAAAUGUCUGAUCAACGGAAGUUUUUUUAAUUUUUCUAAAAAAAUGAGAUCUAUAUUUUUUUAAGGAUGAGAUAUCCAUCCAAUUUUAAAAUGUUUUCAGAGUUUUUAAGAGAAAUUUUGGCUCCAUUUCCGAACCUGCAAUUUGGGAAAAUUUUCAAAUUUUUCCAGAGUUUUUUUCUUCCUUGAACCUUUGAAAAAAACUGUUCAAAAAAAUCUAUUCUUAAAAUAAAAAGGUUUUAAAUUGUCAAGAGUAUUUAUUUUUCUAGCGCGACUUUAUGAAAAUCAGCUCAGAUUUUUUUCAAACCGCUCUCGGCAUGAUUUCUGAGGAAAUGGAAAUCGUCAUUUUUUUCGUCAAAGCUCAAUCAAUGUUGAUGUUUUUUAACUUCAUCGCGGCUGCUUAUCAAAUAUUUUUUGGUACAGUAAAGGUAUGAAUGUGUCCUUAUAAAACUUUCAAAAAGUUCUGUUGCAGGUCGAAGGGAAUCACUUUUAUCCUUGUGGCUUCAUUAAUAUGAAUUAUCCAAAGGUGCACCGAUUUUUCAUCGGUGUAACUAUUGGCUUAUUAGCGAUCACGGCCAAUAACGCAAUCAUCCUUUUUGUUUUUAUCAAUUUCGGAAAGCAUGAAAUCUCAUCUAACAUUAGCCUAGGCCUCGGUGUCAACUUGUUUUUUUGCUUUCUUUUGUUCUUUUUUCUUUUAUCUAUUGGUAGCUUUUGCCACCUUGAAAAAGAAAAAGAUAUCCGGUGCGAAAAAAAGAAAAAUGAGUGUGCUCACUUUGUCGCUGAAACUGCUGAAUGUGCCAUCUGCAUGAACAGUCCAGCAAACAGAAGAAUGGUUCCUUGUGGACACGCAGUAUGCUGUAGCUGCUUGGAGAAGCUUUCCAUGACUUUUUACAACACUAAAUGUCCUUUCUGUCGAGCAAAAAUAUUGGCUUCGGAACCGAUGAAUAUCGCCGUCAAUGACGUGAAUUCAAUUGGGCGCUGUGGAGAACUUGGUCGAGGAAACAAACCAACUGACGCGUUCAAUGAGACUUCCAACGAGGAAAAUGAAUUUGGCGAAAACGUUCUGUUGCCUUCGGAUUCUAACCCAGUAACGAACAAUCCUGGUUAUUCUGAUCUACAUGUGAUUGAGUAUGAAGUUUGAAAAAAAAUUGUAAAAUAAAUGCUUGAGAGCUUCUUCAUGCUUUGUUGAGACGCUGUUUCAUUUUUUUCUAUAUUUUUAUUUUUUUCAACUCUUUCUUAAAGGAUUCAAAAAAACUUCACACCUGUGAAUUUAUCCGAUUUUUUUAAAAUGUAUUACUUUGCAUUUAAAUGUUGAUAGUUGUGAAUGAAUUUUAUCAAAGGUUAUUCUCCACUUCAUGGCUUCAAGAAAAAUGAAGAUUUCUCUUCUUAAUCUGAUCGAGAAAACAUUUAAAAAACUCGAUUUUGAAUUUCUGUUCGCGAUUCGUAAGAUAAAUCUAAGUGGACACUGUCUCAAGCUAUCGGUGAAUAAAGUAAAGUAUAGUCCGUGUUCCACGACUUGAAAUUUCACCGAACGACAUUCCGCUGUUCCGUUGCGAGUGUUCGCGAAGCGUCUUUUGAAUCUAGGUCACGCUUUUUUUUUGUGAUUUUUGUGGGAGCACUUGAAAGGAGAGUACCUUAAUAAGAGAAAAAAAAAUUAGAAGUGCGACCAAGGUACGCAAAGGCGCGCAGCGGCACAGCGGAAUGUCGUUCGGUGAAAUUCCAAGUCGGGGUACACAGGCUAUAGAGAAAAAGAAUUUCAGUGGACACGCGUGUUCAGAUGGUUCACCUAGAGCAAGGUGGGCUCCAUCUUCGAUGAGAUACGCUUUUGGGAUGAAAUUCGUUCAUCUUUUUUUCAAUAUUCCAUUUUUGUGCCUUCAGGUUCACAAUGAAAAAAACUUGUUCAAUAAAAAAGCAACUUUUACAGAAAGAAACGCUGAAAAGGCAAUUAGAGACGAACAAGAACGAAAUUCUUUCCAGCUAUCACGAGUUGGACUGUUAUCAGGAGACACCUGAGGCCGACUAUGACAAGUAGAAUACCUGACAUGUUUUAUGAUAAUAGCUACUUUUUCAGUUUCAUCGAAAUGGUCACGCAAAGGCGACGAGAGGUCGCUGAUAAAAAUAGUUCGGCGGCGAGACCGGUACAUGUUCCGACCUCUGGACGUGUCAUGGGAGGUGGACAGCCGAUUCCUGGACAGUAUUUGCCAAGGUUCUCAUGAUUGCUCCAAGGAACUCUUCUAUACAAAGCACUCAAAUUCUUGGAAGCAAUCAUAAUUUUUUAAUAUAAAUGAUCCAGAGUGGAAUUAAAUCAAAAUCGGAAAAGCUGUGAUGCAAAAUAAAAAAUUCUUUUCGAUAUGCGCAUAAAAUUUGCGUCCUUCACUUUUCAGCUAGGAUGUGAAAUAAUUUAAAGUACUCGAUCAUGCGCAAUUCUUUGAACUUUUCUAAUCUGAAAACGCUUUUGAAGAUAUUUGACGGGAAAAAAAAGUUGGAACGUGAUUGGGUUUUUUUUUUCAAGGCAGCAUUGAAUGGAGCAAAUUUACAAUAAACUACAGCUCCUGAGUUGGCUAAAAACAAAAUCGUAAAAUUUUUUCGGUGAACUUCAAAUAUAUUUUAUAAAACUGUGUCCUUUUGUUCAAUCCAGAUAAAAUGAAAUAUUCAAAGGAAAGAAUGAAAUAGUUUUUAAGAGCUCCCACUUCGAAAACUACUUCUCCACAAGAAGUUCGCGCGGCAAACCCUUAUGGUAAGAUUUGUUUCUCGUUUAUUACCGUUUAUUGAAAGAUCAUCUUCAUUUUCUGUUUCAGCUGCGCAUCCAGUUGCUGAUAGGCGAACCUCAUUUGAAAUUGUGAACGCCGAAGGGAAUGUCGACGAUAGUAUAGAAAGCUUCUUGGAUCCUGAGACCGCCACCGAAGCUCUAGAAGAAAGCAAAUUACCCUCGAGAAAGAGCCGCAAUCAGCGACGAGUUUGACAAAACUUCUAUUUUGAUUAAAAUGACGUCUGUAGUGAAAUGCACAACAACAUGGUGGCUACGUUUGAAGAAGACUUUUCAUUGGACAACGAACUGAGCAAGCAAAUGGCAAGGCUCGGCGAGCAGCGAAAGGACAAGCAAAAGCCUCGACCUGUGCUCAAAGAGCCUUUUCGAAGCUUGCAGGAAGAACGGGACAGCAGUGCUACUCCUAUUGGCGAGUAAACUUCGAACUGCUUCCAAACUCGUGUGAUUCCAGCUUACAAAAUCAAGCUCAAUGAAAUAGAUGACGACUCACCUGUGCGAAUACCUGACCCCGCAGAGGUGAAUCUUUGCCGUGUUCUAAUUUGCAAAACAUAUGCAGGAUCCUCCGUCAUUGGUUGAAAUGCCAGUUUCACAGAACAACUUCGGGCUGUCUAUGACUUCUGCCGAUUUGGAUGCUUGGCUUGGAAGCAACGACCAUUCUCCUUCUUCCACCACCGAAGUAAGCUUAUGUUUCUGAUUCAAUAUUUGGAAAUGAAAUGUAUGUUUCCAGAAUUUUUUUGCUUGAAAAUCAGACAGAAACUUUUGAAAACUAAAACUUGAUAAUUUUUUUAAAAUUUAAACUAAUGCCGUGUUCAAUUUGAUUCCGCGAAAUGCAAAACACCCGUUAGAGAAAGGAAAAGAUCACUAAAUUUUGGAGAGUCAGAGAUCAUUUUGCAUUUCGCGGAAUCGAAUUGAACACGGCAUAAAACUUGAUAAUCACACGAAAUGGUGUUUGAAAGAAAGAUUCAUUAGUUUGAGGUUAAAAAAUUUCUUGAGAUUGCGAUGCAGGCAACCGUUUUUUAAAUUGGAAUUUUUCGUCGCGUUGCUUUUAUCAUCAAGGACCAGUUUUGAAUAUUAUUCAAAGAUCUCAAUCAAAAAGAUGAAUAUUUUUCAAUUUUUUUGAACUUUGAGCAAUUCCAUUACCAAUUUUUUCUUUUUUUGAAAAAAACUUUGAUUGUAACAUACAUUUCAAAAAGUCUAGUCUUAUUUAGAUAUGUUACUUCAAACGGAAAAAUCGUUUGUUUCAAGAAAAACUAUUUUUGAAAUUGAAUUAUUCAUUGAAUGAGCAAAAAAACUCACAGUCUACUGAUAAAAGUGAAAAUUUUUUUCAGAAAGUUCAAAAUCGAACUCAAAGCCCUUCAAGCGACGAAGAGUUUGGAAUCAAUUUGCCUUCUCCUUUACCAAAACCAUCCGUCGACGUCCUUUUUCCCGUAGAAUUUUCCAGUGUUGUGAAAGAGCCGAUUAAUACAACGGUGCGAGUUUUUUCGACAAGAAAAUAAAAUUCAUGAAUUUUUCAGAGCAAAGAGGCUCCUGCAAAAAAGAAAAAGUUAAAAAGUUCUGCAAAAACUGAAACUGACGGGAACGAUGUCGCAAAAAAGAAGACUAAGAAAAAGAAGACGCUGGCUAAGGACUCUCAGAAAAUGCUCGAGGAAUUCCUAGGCCCUCCGGAACCCACUGCGACUGAGGACUACGAUCCUUUGUAA